AUCAUGAAUAAAGUGAAGCGGCGGAGAAUUUCAGCAUGAGAUAGAGGAAAUAUAAAACAUUGCAUUUCGGAAGACAAGGGGAUUUAAAUAAUAAACCCACAGCUGAUAUGAUGUUCCGACACGUGUUUUUAUAGAAUUGUGAACAUUAUGUCCAUCGUGAGAUUCUUUCAGCUUCUUUACUUUAUUUAAGCCGUGUUUGAUUGGAAGGAUCAAUUAUCACGUUAUAAACGAAGCCGUUCAGAAGCAACAAGACGACAACAUCUAUUUGGAUUCUUUGACGUUUUGAGAGGAGGAAAAUACCUAGCCAGGUCUAGAUAUGGCUCGCCUUCUUGUCCUCGUUAACUCUGUCGGACUGUUGCUCUUCGGUAGUGAAAUGUUUCUGGUGGGAGCAAACCGUCCACCUGCUCCAGUGAAUGUGUCAGUCAUGCACCUGAGAGCUGACUCAGCAACAGUGUCCUGGGAGGUGCCCGAUGGUGACAUCAUCAUUGGCUUUUCUAUUUCUCAACAGAGAAUGGACGGCAAAAUGCAGAGGUUUAUCAGAGAGGUGAACACUACCAGCAGGUCUUGUGUGCUGUGGGACCUGGAAGAGGAGACAGAUUACAUCAUCCAGGUGCAGUCCAUCGGCCUGUACGGAGACAGUCAAGCCAGCAAACGUGUCCACUUCAGAACCCUGAAGAAAACUGACCGGUUCCCCUCAAACAGUUCAAACCAAGAUGACCCUACGGUCCAAGGCCUGGAUAAAGCUAGACACCUGCAGACAGGGGAGAUGAUCAUUAUUGUGGUGGUACUUCUCAUGUGGGCAGCCGUAAUUGCCCUGUUUUGCCGGCAGUAUGACAUAAUAAAGGACAAUGAUUCCAGCAAUAGUAAAGAGAAAGUAAAACCCUCUUCAGAGAGAAGCACACCAGAGCAUCACAGUGGGGGACUGCUCCGGAGCAAGUUUCACCCGUCUGUGUCAUCUAUCAACAUCAUUGAUGUGUGAUGGAAGUAUUGUAGAUGCCAGUUACACUCUCCAGUGCACCACCUGCAGUUUCAAGAUGACAGGAAAUCGCUCAAAGCCUCCAUAACCAAACAGUCAAGAAUCCACAUGAUUCUACUGCAAGAUCUAUUGCAUUUUAUAGUCAUGUCCAGCCCACCCAUAUACAAACACGCAGAUACAUAUUAAAGCAAUCUAGUCCAGCAGUGGGGCUGCAAAUAACAUAUAAUGCAUUUAAUAUAUGACUGUAUGUCUAUAUUUUAUGACCAUACAAUGGAAGGAGGGAUACAACUUAGUUACUGCAUUGCAACAGACUUAAUAAGUUGUAUCCUUUAGUGUUGUAUAGUAAGGGAAGUGUAUUUUUUUAUAUAGUAUUGGCAGUAUUAAAGGGUUUCUACGCUUUAUCAGCUCAGUUAAGUUGUAUAGUUUGUGCAUGUACAUCUCAUAGUCCAGUGGCUUGUUAGAAUUGUACAGAUACUAUAGAUGUGUACAGAGGCAGGUCAUUAGAUUAAACUUGUGGUCUUAUUUUGAAUUAAUGGUAAAAGUGAUGAAAUUGUGCCUGCUCUUCUUAUUAGAGAGAAGAGAUUGAGGCAAAAUUUUGUAAUUUCUGCUUGCAAAUAGUUUCAUCGGCUCACCUUCUUAAAUACAACUAACAGUGUUUACAGUUUAUCCUAAAUACAACUAGAAAUAUGUAUGUAUUUAUUUAAUGCUUGUUUCUUUAGAUGUUAACAUGAUUUAAUAAGGUACCUGUAUGGAUACUCCUCAAGAAUAGACAUGGGAGUACAGAUGUUGAGAAUGAAAGAAAUAAUUUACCUUUUGAUUAAUAAGGAAUAAGUGAGUUUAUUUUCUUCAUAAAGCCAGCUGAUCGGAUAAAAAUAGCCCUUCACAAACUAACAACUGUGAUUUCUCAUAAAGAGGAAAUACAUAUCGAAAAUAGUUUUUUUUAUGCACAUGUGUACUGUAAUGAGCCCCUAAGUAGUACUGCAUACAGUCUUUUCCACUACUUUAUAUGUUAAUCUGCCACAGUAAAUAAUGUACAUAACUACUCAUCUCACUGUAUAGAGCAUAAACAUUUUAGAUAUCAUGAAAAAGUGUAAAUUAUGACUGGAUGAUUGUUAUUUAAAAUAUUAAGAAAAUGCCAUAUACCUCAUCAUGAAAUGUGCAUGCAUAGUUCUUACCUCUUCUAAAUGCAUAUUGUACAUUCUGCACUCAAUUUUGGUAUCUUCUAUUUCUCCUUGUCAUCAAUUUUUAAUAAAGAUAAUG